AUGUUGGUUUUAAUAGUUUUGCAGCUUAUCUUUACGCCUAUUGUGUGCAAGUGCCUUGACAGUGACCCUCUCCAUGUGCCGCACGAGUGGUACCAGUCAGGAGAUAUCCUAAUUAGUGGAAUAAUGUCUCAGAUGUUUUACAUUGCUUUCAAACAUUCCUUCAAGAGGCAUCCUUCAAAGGAGUUCUUUUAUUCUUCCAGUAUGGUGACCAAGUUCUACCAGCAUGUUCUGGCCUUGGUGUUUGCCAUAAAAGAGAUCAAUGAAAAUCCCAAGAUACUGCCCAAUGUCACCCUUGGAUUCCACAUCUAUGACAGCUACUCUUAUGAGAAGAUGACCUAUCAUACCACUUUGGACCUGCUCUUCAAAUCACACAGAUUAGUUCCUAACUACAAGUGUUCAUCCUUGAAAAACCUGAUUGCUGUGGUUGGAGGACUUGGUUCUGAUAUCUCCAUUUGCAUUUCAGACAUCUUAAGUCUCUACAAAAUUCCACAGUUCCCAUAUGGAUCAUUUGCUUCAAAGCAAUGGGGAUCAGUGCAGCUCCCGUUUUCUUACCAUGUGGUCACUAAAGAAACCCAUCAGUACAUGGGUAUCAUCUGGUUACUCCAGCAUUUUGGAUGGACCUGGGUUGGUCUCUUUGUGGUAGAUGAUGAAAGUGGGGAACAUUUCCUAAAGGAUUUUGAACUGUUGCUUUCACAGCAUGGACUCUGUCCCGCCUUCAUACAAGAAAUACCACAAAAAAAUCGAUUAAAUGAUCUGAACGCAAUUAACAACAUGUUCUCAGAGUUUUGUCUACUUUUCAGGUUCAACAAAGCCAGUGUAUAUGUUGUCUAUGGAGAUAGUCACACCAUGGUAUUACUGAACACUGUAGUGGGGUCAUUGAAUGAGGAAUUUAAGGAAUUCACAUCUAUUGGAAAGGUGUGGAUUACAACAAGCCAAAUUGAUUUUGCUGUCUCGAGACUUCAGAGGGAUUUCAAUGUGGCCUAUUUCCAUGGCACCAUUUCCUUGACCAUUCACUCACAGGCACUUCCAGGUUUUGAGAAAUUUCUUCAGGUCAUAAACCCUUACAGGACAUUAGCAGAUGGUUUUAUCAAAGUCUUUUGGGAACAAGCAUUUAAUUGUGUAUUUCGAAAUCCUUGGGUAAAAGGAAGUAUGUGUACUGGGUGGGAGAGGCUGGAGAGCCUUCCUGGGCCUGUCUUUGAAAUGCGCAUGACUGGCCACAGCUAUGGCAUCUACAAUGCAGUCUAUGCAGUUGCACAUGCUUUGCAUGCCAUCUACUCAUCCCGAUCCAAUUACCAGUCAGUUUUGAGAUGCAAAAGUACUGAACUCUGUCAUCUCCAGCCUUGGCAGCUCCGCCAGUUUCUUCAAGGAAUUGCAUUUAACAACUCAGCUGGAGAAACAGUCUCUUUUGAUGAGAAAAGGGAAACGGGAGCUGGAUUUGACAUCAUGAACAUGGUCACAUUCCCAAACAACUCCAUCACUAAAAUCAAAGUUGGGCGAGUAGACCCCAAAGCUCUUGAAAGGAAAGAAGUCAUCCUACACGAGGAUUUACUUGUGUGGCACAGGGGCUUUAACCAGGAAGUGCCUGUUUCUAGAUGCAGUGACACAUGUCAGCCCGGUUAUCAGAAGAAAAAGAGAGAAGGGGAACCAUUUUGUUGCUAUGACUGUGCUCCUUGCCCAGAAGGGAAGAUUUCAGUCCAGGAAGAUACGGAUGACUGUUCUAAAUGUCCAGAAGAUCAGUAUCCAAGCAGGAACCAAGAUCGAUGUAUUCCCAAGAAGAUAAACUUUCUCUCCUAUCAAGAACCAAUGGGAAUGUGUUUGGCCUCGGUUGCUGCUUCUUUCUCACUUAUCACAGUUUUCAUGCUAAGAACUUUUAUUAAGCUCAAAGAUACUCCCAUUGUCAAAGCCAACAAUAAAGAUAUCACAUACGCUCUCCUAAUCUCUCUCCAGUUUUGCUUUCUCUGUUCUUUCCUCUUCCUUGGAAGACCAAACAAGUGGACUUGCUUCUUCCGACAACCAGCUUUCGGCAUCAUCUUCUCUGUGUCUGUUUCUUGUGUCUUGGCCAAAACCAUCACUGUCGUUUUAGCUUUCAUGGCCACCAAACCAGGGGCCAAUAUAAGGAAGUGGGUGGGGAAACGAUUGACAAACUGUAUUGUCCUUUCUUGUUCCGUUACCCAAGUGUGUAUCUGUACAGUGUGGCUAGGAACCACUCCCCCGUUCCCAGAUUUGGACACAAAGUCACUGACUGAAGAGAUCAUAGCAGAAUGUAAUGAAGGCUCUGUGGUUAUGUUUUAUAUUGUUCUAGGCUUCAUGGGACUUCUGUCCUUUAUAAGCUUCACUGUGGCUUUCUUUGCCCGGAAGUUGCCGGACACUUUUAAUGAAGCCAAGUUUAUCACCUUCAGCAUGCUGAUAUUUUGCAGUGUUUGGUUGUCUUUUGUUCCAACUUACCUGAGCACCAAAGGGAAAUCUAUGGUCGUGGUAGAGGUUUUCUCUAUCUUGGCCUCCAGUGCUGGGUUACUGUGCUGUAUUUUUUUCCCCAAAUGCUACAUUAUUGUUCUGCGGCCUGAGCUGAACAAAAGAGAACAAGUAAUAACAAGAAAGCAUUAA